CGCCUACCGCCGACAUCAGCCGAUGUGACUGUCCCUCUUUCAAUGCGGAUUCAUAAACAUCUCUAAAUAUGGAAUAGUUUGGCUCAGGUACACUGUACAAUGGCUACUACACUAGUCACAAGGCUGAUUCCCAUCUUUGAUGUACAAAUUGGAACUAACCUCCCAUGGCUCUGACUCACUCAUGCUUUCUUCGUUAUUGGAAUGCAAUCCAGGGCUGUCGCAACUCAUGGCUGCUACGCCCUGCGCCUCAUGCAAGGACCACCAAAAAUGGCAUUUCCAUUAGGCUUCCUCCUCUUCCUCAUCCUCGUCCUCUUCCUCCUCCUCAUCAUCUUCAGCUUCGGACACUUCUUGACCGAGAUCCUUCAACCGUUGCUAUGGAACAGUAUGAGUCAUCUGCAUAGUCAUUGGGUGAGGGCCAGUGGACUUACCUUGUCCUCAUUUCUCUUCGCCUCCAGAUCUCCGAACACGAUCAGCAAAUCCUCAAGCUCAGACUGUGCCGCCUUGCGAGCUUCCUCCUUCUCCUUGGCCUCCGCCUUAGCCUUCUCGAGCUGUUUCCGGGCCUCUUCAAGCGCUUGGGUAGCAUUACGUGCUGCCUCCUCAGCCUUUUUUACCUCACUCUCGGCCUUCUCGGCUCGCUUCUCCGAGGCAGUGCACUUAGAGGACAGUUCAUCGCGUGUAGACUGUAGUUCUGUCGUAGCUUUCUCCUUCGCAGUGUCCAGUUCUGAUUGUAAAGCCGUGGACGCGGACUUGAGCUCCGCAACCUCGAUCUCAUGCUGCUUCUUGGCGGCGUCCAUUUCAGACUUAAGCGUCUUGAUGGUUUCUUGGAAGGUGGUUACUUCAGCUGCCUGCUUUCCUGUGCCAGCCUCCAGCUCGGCUUGGAGGCUCUCGAUCGUCUUCUUCAAAUCGGACACCUCAGCAGCAUUCUGUCCGUUGCUGGAAUCAAUCUCCAACUGCAGCGUCUCAAUCGUCUUCUUCAGAUCAGAAACCUCUGCCGCGCUCUGGCCACUGCUGGCGUCAAGCUCCGACUGCAGCGUCUCGAUUGUCUUCUUCAGGUCAGAAACCUCUGCCGCACUCUUUCCGUUGCUGGCAUCGAGCUCCGACUGUAAUUUCUGGAUCGUCUUGUUGAGGUCGGAGACCUCAGACUCAUGUUUCUCUUGACUGGCAUUCAUCUGCGACUUGAGCUCCUCGAUUGUCUUGUUCAGACCAGAAACUUCGGUAGUAUGCUGUCCUCUGCCUGUCUCAAGCUCUGACUGCAAGUUCUGGAUUGUGGUGUUCAACUCAGAGAGCUUGGCCUCAUGGUGUCCCUUAACGGUG